UCCAACGCAAUGUUUUUGUUUUGAUUUCGAUGUUUUGAAUUUUGAUUUGAAUUUGAACUUGAUUUGAAGGAAACAUGAAUUUCCAUGACCUCUUUGACAUUAUUGUUUUUUAUUUUAACAAUUCAUUUGUUUUCUAAAAUAAAAAUGCCAGUGAUCUGUGAAAAUGAAUACUGAUACGCUGUUUUUAAUAAAAGGAAUACGUCAAUAAAGCAAUGGCGGAACCUGAGCCUCUGAUUCUCUGCAUGGAGAAUAUAAAUGGAGAAGAAGUGGAAUUGACGAUUGAACCACACGAUACUUUCCAGGACUUUCAGGACAAGGCCAAACUUCUUUUAGGCUACGACGUAGAUAUAAAUUCUAUAACUGGAAACCAACCAGUUUCGCUAGAGGCAAACAUAUAUAACUUUCUAUUAAAAGCCGAACAGCAUUUCGAAGGUACUACCCUCGAUCCAGAUAACUUUGAUGAAAUAAUAGAUCAUAAUAAAAGCGAUGAUCUUGUUUACAUCCUCGAUGAUGGUACUCAAAUACGUGCUUCACAAAUACAGUUCGAUAAUGAUGAUCCUCUUGUGGACUUGACAUCCGAAAAAAUACCUUUCGUUAAAUAUAAAGAAGAAAGCGAUGAAGAAAUUGAUGACGUUGUCGAUACGAAUGUGACUAUAAAAAAUAUUAACAUAACAGACAGUCCAGUAGCCAGUAGGAACAAUGAAAGUUCUAAAUGCAGUUUCGCGAAUAGUCUACCAUUCAAUCUAGUUUGCAAUAACACGUUGAACUUUGAGGCGCAGUUUGCAAAAUAUCUCGAAUCCAGUGCAAAAACUUAUACAGAUCUGAAGAACGUAACUAAAAAUAAAUCACCAGAAAGUGUGAUUGGGGAUAAUUAUAAGAGUUAUGACAACAGGAGUGAUGGGCUAUUUACAAGGGAAGACAUAUUGAAUAUGUUUAAAGACGCACCAGUGACUCCUUUACCUUACGAAGACAAUCAGACAGAGAAACGUAGACACAUAAGGAAAACUGAUCCAGCUAGAGUCGUAUACAAAAACUGGAAUGCUAAACCCAUUACUGAUAUAGGAUCAGGUUUAGAGAAGCAUAAUUGUUUCAUUUGCUGUGAAUCAGUUAAAAAUAAUGAAAAAUUAUAUUUAUUUGAUAAAGAAGACCAGAUGUUACAUCGAUGUGAACAGAGAAAGUAUAACAUGCAAUUGAAAAUUAUAUGCGAUAGAUGUCUAACUGAAAAUUUCAAGCCUUCAAGAAAUAAAAGUCCCACUCAAUCAUUAGAUGAUAAUGAAUAUUUAGUAAUAAAAAACAAUCAGCAAUUCAUUUUCCAGAAAUCUAGUAACAUUAAUCUGAAGAGCAGUUACUUUAUUAAUAACAUUAAUAUGAAUAACAUAAAUAAUAAUAACACAGAAAAAGUUGAUAAACUCAAUAAACCAAUAAGACACAGAGAAAGUGAAGAUUUUGUCAAAGUUGAAAUUGGGCCGGAUGGGGAAAUAGUCACUAAACCCGUAGAUAAUGAUGUAAAAUAUGAUGACGUCAUUAUAGUAAAAGAUAAAAAGGACAGUUCUAGCGACAUAGAGAUUAUAGAGCCGGAAGUGAACGAGGAAGCGGUUGUUGAAAUAGAUGUGGACAAUAUUGAAGACGCGGACGAUGAUGUCAAAGAGUUUCUGGGAAAGUACAAGCAUGAUUUUGAAAAUAUAGAAUUUAAAUGCAGGUUUUGCGAAAAACAAUUUGAAAAUUUGGACCAAGCUAUGGACCACUGUGAUGAACACAAACACGAUGUUGACGAUGGUGUUGUCUUUCCAUGUCCGCUGUGUGAUUACGGUUACGCAAAUUCAAAAUGGCUUAAAGCACACUUGAAAGCGGCACAUAAUAACACAAAAAGAGAAGACAUUAAGGAAGAAAACGCAAUCAAAGAAGAAAACAGUAGAGACAAUGACAAUGAAGGUAAAAAAAAUGUUAAUUCUGAAGAAAUAACCCACACCCCAGAGUCUUCACCUGUCGCCAAAAGGACCAGGAGUUCACUUAAGAGAAACGAUGUUGACAUCAACAAUGGUACACAAGAACAACUGCAGACAAAAGAAUCUCUUCUCAAUCAUACGCAAGAACAAGAAAAUGUUAAGAUGGAGGUGAAACAAGAAUGCCAAGACAGUAGCGAUAGUGACUCCAUAUGGAUAGUGCAGACGGGCGAUGAUGAUAAUCAGCUUAAGAAGUUGUUACAGGUAACGGAAGGUAAACGAAAUGUGAACGAUUUAAAGAGACACAAAUGUUUUAGUUGCAGUCAAAUAUUUCCCAACGCGGAGAGUCUAAGAACACACAAAUGUAGGAAGCGUGUUGGGAAAAGGCAAUUCAAUUUGACAAAGAAGGAAUCAGUUUCACCCACACUAGAAGACUUUAUUAAGAGACAUCGUAAACGAAAAACUCGAGGGCCCAAUGAUCCUCAAAUAGUAACGUGCCACAAUUGCAACGAGUCUUUCACUUCUAAAGUGAGACUCAAGUUUCAUAUGCAAUUUCACGAAGCAACAAACUUGCUAACAUCAGACGGGCAAUACAUGUGCGCGGAAUGCAAGGACACAUCGUUCGCCAAUGAGACGAAACUGUUCGACCACGUGCACUUCCAGCAUAAUAAGCAGAAGCGAUGGCAGUGCCCCGUCAAAGAUUGUGGGAAGACAUUCUUUUUGAGGGCAACAUUGACGAAGCAUAGUCGCAUGCACACAGACACGAGGCGUUAUGUUUGUGUGACUUGCGGUAAAAGGUUCCUCGACAAGCAGACAUUAGACGAACAUGGAGUCACUCAUCUGCAGAUCAAACCGUUCCAAUGUCACAUAUGUCUCAAGCAACUGACGCGCAGAUCUCGUCUGCGUAUGCACUUGCGCGCGCACGAGGAGGAGCUGUCGCCGGCGUUGGUGCUCGUCUGUGCCAUGUGCAGCAGGGCUUUUAGAGACCACGUCGAUGCUCAGGAGCACGCAAUUAAAUCGACUGAAUGUAUAGAUGAGUUUACAAACGAUCUCAAAGAGGAGGCCACUUCCACCGACCAGCUGUCUCCCACCAGUGGGAUUGUUAGACACAAUGUGAUUGUUAUUGAAACCCGCAAUAAAACAUCUAUACCUAAAGAAGUCAACAGCGACGAGAGUGAAACACUGCUGGCGGCUCUGGAUGACGUCGCUAGAAAUAUUAUACGUGUAGUAGAUAUCGAGAAAGCAUUCCGCUGUGAAUAUUGUGAAGAGGUAUUUUACCUGGAGGAAGCGCUGAAUAACCACAGACUAUUACACAAAGGUGUAAAAAAUCCUUUUACGUGUCACAUUUGCAAAGUGAGCUUUGCCACAUAUUCGAGGUGCACAACCCACAAAACAACGCACGGUUUCUAUAAACGCAGCGUAACAGAGGAUCGCACUGAAGGCCGCGCUGGUCCGGCCAGUGCCGGUAUACUGGGCUAUGGCGGCUUCCCUGUCGUUAAACACUUUUUGUGUGAGGAUUGCGGCCGAUCUUACUUGCAUUGGACGUAUUUCCAAGUACAUCGACGUAUGAAACAUGCUAACGAAAACUACAUUUUCAAGUGUAAUCAAUGUGAAUUGACCUUUCCCAACAGUUGGAGUGCGACAUAUCACAGAAAAAAAGUUCACAGUAAUAGUCAAGACGCGAAUGGUGGGUUUACGAAGGUUGUUCGAGAAAAUUACAGGAUCCCAUGUCGUGACUGUGAUGAGGUGUUGCCAAACAAAAUUGCACUUUAUAAGCAUCGGCAGAAGGAACAUUGCGACGAAACUUUGAUGGAAAAAGAAGAUGAUUGGUCAGACCAAGUAGAGCCAGAAACAACAGUCUGUAACUAUUGCGGACUUGAUUUACACUUCGUCGUAGCUUUGGAACAACAUGUCAAAGAAGUGCACGGCUGCUCGGCGGAGGCCCGCGCAAGCGCGCACGCAUGCUCGGUGUGCGCGCGCACGUUCCGCUCGGCGUCCAUGCGCGACGAGCAUGUUCGCGUGCACACAGGCGAGAGGCCCUUCCCUUGUGACGUUUGUGGCGUGGCUUUCAGACGGUCUACAGCGAUGCGCAACCACCGUCUGCUGCACACGGGCACUCGUCCGUGGUGCUGCGCGCGCUGCCCCAAGCGCUUCCGCGUCAAGUCCGACCUGCGCACGCACAUUCGGCUCAAGCACCCCGCGCAUCUCUCCGUCAUUGAGAUUGAAGGUAGAAGCUGCACUCAAGAAGAGGUAUUGCAACAUCUCGACAACAACAAUAUAAGCCGGGACAAAGUUAUAGAGAUUACCAUGAUCACUUUUCCCAAGAAUACAACAAACAUUGUGCCAAAUAGUGUGCGAGCUCUCUCUAUGCUGAACAAUUUUCCGAAGAGUGUAAUCCCUUGCAAUUGGAAGAGUCGUGUGGUUUCGGGUUCUGAAGAAACUUUCCAACCGCCUCGACGUGGUCGGGGCAUAGACAAGAAUCCUCGCAAGCCCGCCAUACUGCAGAGGUGCGACGAUCUACCGCAGACAUCACGAGAUACGAGUGCCUACGUGCAUAUCGUCGAGGGGGAGAAUUUACCAUCUCUUGACGUACAGCUCCUACUGCAAAGUGACGUCAUAGCCAAUAAAAAUAGAGACGUUCCAGUGGAAGAUGGAGUAUUAUUGCAACAAACCAAGUAGAAGUACUACCUCAAUUAUUAUAUUGUCUAUGACCGUUCGAAGUAUUUAACCAUUUUUUAUUUUAAUUGUGGCAGCGAUUAAUUAGAUUUAGGUGGAAUAGAAUAAGUUUGAUUAUAAUUUGAGUUAAUUUUA